AUGUCGGACCACGACGACGAAGACGAUCUCCUCAGCCUCAAUCUAGGAGACGACCGUGAUGAGGGCGACAGCGGCAGCGACAUUCGACACAGCGGCGCUGAUGAGGAGGACGAGGAGGGAGGCGAGCAGCUGCCCGAGGACGUUGCCGCCAACGUCAUCUUGUCCGGCAAUGCGCAGGCCGCAAAGGGUGCACGGGCCCGCGGAAUCAACGAGCGCGUGACGAGUGCUGUCAUGACCAAGUAUGAGCGGGCACGCGUGCUGGGUACGCGCGCGCUGCAGAUAAGCAUGAACGCCCCUGUCGCUGUGGCGCUCGAGGGCGAAACCGAUCCGCUCACGAUUGCCGUAAAGGAGCUGCGUGAGCGCCGCACGCCGCUUAUCAUUCGUCGCGUGCUGCCGGACAACACGUACGAGGACUGGAGCGUCAGCGAGCUGCUCGUCGACUUUGAUCGCCCGGCGGAUGAGCGCUACACGAACAUCUAA